AUGACAGGCAAUUCUACAUAUCACUACAUCUCAUCUUUCUUCCUGGUUGGUAUUCCUGGUUUGCAAGAUUUUCACUGCUGGAUUGGCAUUCCUGUCUGCCUACUGUUUGUCCUGACCCUGCUGGGGAACAGUGUAAUCACUGUCACCAUCAAACUAGAGCCAAGCCUCCACCAGCCUAUGCAUUUCUUCCUUUGCAUGCUGGCAAUGAAUGACAUGGCUCUUGCCUUUUCCACAGCCCCCAAGAUGCUUGGUAUCUUCUGGUUUGAAGCUCACAUGUUUGACUUUAAUAUCUGCCUAGCACAAAUGUAUUUCAUUCACACAUUCUGCAUAAUUGAAUCAGCCCUCCUAGUUGCCAUGGCCUUUGACCGCUAUGUAGCUAUUUGCAUCCCACUGCAUUAUACAACCAUCCUGACAACACCCAUGGUCAUUAAAAUGGGUCUGGGUAGUGUGACCCGAGCUACCCUUAUGGUCUUACCCUGUCCUCUUCUCAUUAAGAGGUUACCAUAUUAUACCAGGAAUGUCAUCAAUCAUGCUUAUUGUGAACACAUGGCUGUGGUGAAGCUAGCCAGUGCCAACACUCACAUUAACAGGGCCUAUGGAAUAUCAGUGGCCAUUUCAGUGAUGGUAUUGGACCUAGUAUUCAUAGCCGCGUCCUAUGUCAGAAUCCUCCAGGCAGUCUUCCGGCUCUCUUCCCAGAAUGCCCGCUCUAAAGCCCUGGGCACCUGUGCUGCCCAUGUCUGCACUAUGCUUGUCUUCUACACACCUGCACUGUUUAGCUUCCUAACUCACCGCAUUGGCAAGAAGGUACCUCCAAGCGUCCAUAUAAUUUUUGCAAGUAUGUACCUUCUGGUGCCCCCUACAGCCAAUCCCCUGGUGUAUGGUGUCAAGACUAAGCAGAUUCGUGACCGAGUGAUAGGUCUCUUCUUCCCAAACAAGAGCAUUUCUGAAAAACGAAGUAUGUAA